CACUAAGGUCCUGUCAGUGCCGGGUCUGCGUCAGCGUGGAAUGGAUACUGUGCAAGGUGCUUCUUUGUGAUUGUGGGGUCUCGGCAGUCUCACAACCCCCCUUUUUUGCUGUGAUAAUAGGUGUUAUGUAAUCAGCUUCUUGCCGAUUCCGAUACGAAAUCUAAAUCCCGGACGUUGUGUGUGUGUGUUCGGUAGAAAGAAAGAGAGUGAGUGAUAAAAAAGACAUAAAGAGGGGAGGAAAGAGAGAAGAGAGAAUAAAGAGGGGAGGAAAUACCAGCUGAGGGGUUCCGUUGGCGAGAGGGGAAAAAAAUCCCCACAACACACACGAUGCUAUAAACCCCUUUCUUCCCCAAGUACGAUGACGCAACGUGGACCGAGUGCUAGUGCCGUCUGUAACUCGUGUGGAUUCCGUCGCCCUGUUCCCCUUUGUGAGAGACUGCUGGCGUUACAAGAGCAUUCGAACUGCAAAAACUCUAUAGGGUUUCGUGGAGUUGAUGAAUGCGGUUGACUAGAGUAAAGGGACACCCCCUUCCCCUCCACAACGUAGGAGGACCCCGUACCCCCACAACGGAGGACCCCAUACCCCCCCACCCCCUAUAACGGAAGAGGACCCCCCUCCCUCUCCCACCCACGGCCUUAGCCCCCCUCCCCUCCCCCCUGAACCCGCAUAGGCAGCCGGGGUCAAUAAUCACCUGAAGUCGACAAUCCAGCUGGCGUUGACGAAGCGAGCAGGCACGGUAUGUAGGCCUGAAGAGAGAGAGUGAAAAAAGAAGAUAGAGAGAAAGGAAGAAAAUAAGGGAGAGAGAGGGAGAGGAAGAAGGAAGAGAAGCGGAAGGGAAAAAGGAGAGAAGAAAAAAGAAGAUAAAAAUAUAAUCAAGCCAACUGACGCAGACAGAAUACCGGACCCUCCCUACGCCACCCCCCCCACCCCUACCCCAGUACCGGUGAUCCCACGAAGCGGUGCCAGGAGCAAGAGAAAGAGAUAGAGAAAAAGAGAAAGAGAGAGACAGAGAGAAAGAGAGAGACAGAGAGAGACAGAGAGAGACAGCAAUAGACAGAGACAAAGAGAGAGACAGAGAGACAGAGAGAAAGAGAGAGACCAAGAGAAAGAGAGAGAAAGAGAGAGAAAGAGAGCGACAGAGAGAAAAAGAGAGAGAGAGAGAGAGAAAUGCCAAGAGCUGGGAGCUUUUCGAACGGCGCCGUAGAGCUUGGACCUUCCCUGUGACGUAUUAAUGCCCCGUGCCCUCCUUCCCUCGUCGCCCUCCGGUCUCCUUCGUCAGUAUGACUGUCACUUACACGAGCAAGGUAGCCUCGUGCAAGGGCUUUGGAUGCUUCUGGAAGCUUCUCCUGCGAUGGAAAGGCAGCAUCUACAAGCUGGUCUGGCCCGAGCUUCUGUUCUACACCGCCUUAUACUACACCUGCAGCGCCACCUAUAGAUUUGUACUCGAUGAGAAUCAGAGGAGAACGUUCGAGAAGGUUUCCAUCUACUGCGAGUCCUUCAUAGACCUGAUCCCGGUGUCCUUCGUGCUCGGCUUCUACGUGAGCAUCGUCGUCCAGCGCUGGUGGGAUCAGUACAUGUCCCUCCCCUGGCCGGACUCCCUGGCGCUCUUCGUCUCCACGUCCAUCCAUGGCCAGGAUGAACGUUCCCGCCUGAUGAGGAGAACUGUCAUGCGUUACGUGAAUCUUACAGAACUCAUCACACUGAUCAUGAUAAGUCCCACGGUCAAGAAAAGAUUCCCAACGCUUGACCACCUGGUAGAAGCAGGUUUCAUGACGUCAAAUGAAAAAAAGAUUUUUGAUGAUUUAGAUGCAAAGACAUCACACCCCAAGUACUGGAUGCCCCUUGUGUGGGCUGGCAGCAUUGUCUCGCGUGCCAGGAAGGAAGGCAGAAUCCGCGAUGACUUUGCGGUUAAGACAAUCAUCGAUGAAAUCAAUAGGUUUAGAGGACUGUGCGGUGGUCUCCUCAGCUAUGAUUGGAUCAGCAUACCACUUGUUUACACACAGGUCGUCACCCUUGCUGUCUAUACCUUCUUCCUUGGAACCAUCAUGGGUAGACAAUUUCUUGAUCCAACACAGAAGAUCGCAAAGCAUACAUUAGACUUCUACGUACCUAUUUUUACGCUGCUGCAGUUCUUCUUCUACAUGGGCUGGCUCAAAGUUGCAGAAUCCCUCGUCAAUCCGUUUGGAGAAGAUGACGAUGAUUUUGAAGUCAACUGGCUCGUGGACAGGAAUCUGCAGGUAUCAUACCUCAUUGUGGAUGAAAUGCACAGUGAACAUCCUGAACUAAUCCAAGACAUGUACUGGGACGAAAUCUUCCCACAAGAAUUGCCUUACACAGUUGCUGCUGAGCAGUUCCGCAGAGAGCCUCCACAAGGUUCCACUGCUCAUAUUGAAGUGCCAGAACCUGAUCAGGAAUUUUUACCUCUCUUGGAAGAGAUGGAUGAUGAGGAAGACUUGCAAGAAGAGAGAGUAGGAGAUGUUAAGGUUGACAUGAAGAAUGGCACACAAGCUAUAGAUAUCAUGAAGAAAACUGGAAGUAUAGGUUCUUCAAUCUCUCGUAUGUCAUCUCAAACCAUAGCAUCUCGUAAACCAUCUAUGCUGUCCAUGUUGAUGCAAAAAGUGAAAUCUGGGAGUCACGAAAAUAUGAGAAGAAGGAGCAGCAAACCACUCGGCAGCACAACUUCAAUGCGUCACAUGCGGAAGCAACGAGGCUUGAUGAGGUCUGCGUCCAGGAUGUCUUCUUCGUCUCAAGUCUGUCAGAGUCCUGAAUCUGUUGCCAGAAAUCCUACGAUAAUAACCCAGGAUAGCGCCAUCUUCCGCAUGUCUGACUUGUCCCUCAACACUGGCCACAGGGACGAUGCUCCGAGUCCACGGGUGAAGGGAAGACACCCGUCGUGUGAGGAUGACGAACCAAUUCUUAUCAAAAUAAAGAGAAGAGAUAAUACGGGCCGAGUAAUAUCACCAACAUCAGACGAAUAUGAUGUUUUGAGUGAGUCGAGCCGGACACACUUGCUACCAAACAGGCAGAGAAAGGAGAGUGAAAGAUUUAGUGAGAGUAUUGGUGAUGAGAUUUCCGAUGAAGCAGACUUUGAAAUAUCAGUAAGGGGAGAGAGCCAGGGAAGUAAUGCUUCCAUCAGAACAUCAAUAUUCCAAGGAGAUGGAGAUGAAGAUGAUAUCAGCAUGGGAGAAAGAUCAGCGUCCAUGAUCCGAAAGAGACGGAGAGGGCUGAACUUCAAAGGAGCCCUGACAAAGAUCCUUAGCCCAACCCCAUCUAUCCAUGGUGACAACGGCAGCACUACAUCUUUGAGAAGCUUCAGUGGCAGCAAGAGCCCUGUGUCUGGUACACCCCCAUACAGCAAGUUUACAUAUCCAAAAUACGAAAACCAAGAUUCCAGGUCAGUCAGUGCUAGUGAACCGGUUUCCCCAGCUCACAAAUCCCCUGUACAGCAGUGCAGAGAGUCCAGAAGCCUUGCUGCCUUGGUUCAUCAGCAAAAUGUUCCUGGGCAGAGUGUCAGAUCUCCUCCCCAACAAAUAUUCUCACCCGUUAGUAAGAUAAACAUAAGUGAAUCACCUAGGGAUCAAGGCCUGUCUCAUCCUUUUAGUGGAGACUUUGCAAUAUCGUCAGAGGAACUGAGUCCUCACAAGCCUGCUGCAGAGGAACCAGGGGGAACAUUCAUGUUUCAAGAACCAGAUGGAGCUUACAAAGCAGCCACUGCAGAUGAAGACUUGCAUGCAGUAGCUGAUGAUAUAAUAAAGACUAUACCAGAAAGACACUAUGAGCCAAUGACAGUAGGACAUUUAGAGCCUAUUGCUGAGAAAGUGUCAGAAGGGCAUCUAGAAUCCAUUGCUGAGAAAGUACCAGAAAGGCACUUUGAAUCAAUGACAGUUAGCUUAGAACCAAUUGCAGAAGAAAAGCCAAAAUCAGAACUAGAGAUGUCACAGGAGACAGCAAACUCUGAACCGAAAGAUAAAUUAGGAGAAUGGGUAUGACAGUAACUCGUAUUGGUAACUGAUGAGACUUUUUGAGUCAUAUACAAAACAUAUUUCAAGCAUUAAUCCGUAUCCUCACUAAUUCACUUAUUAGGAGUUUUGCAUUGUAGCUUCUUACCAUUUAUUGCAUGUCAUUUUGAGUUCUUUUGAUGACUGGAAUAACAAUCAUACAAUAUUCAUUUCUGAAAUCUAAGAGCUCACAAUUCUGUGAUAUACACUUAAAUUAUGACAUUAUAACAUCAUAGUUCUUUACUUCAAACCUCUCAUGUCACUUAAGACAAUGGCAGAAUGAACAAUUUCAUUCAGAGCAUGCCCUUGCUUUCAGUAUUAGAAGCCUUACAAUAUUAUACAUAAAAACAACUCUUGCUUAGGAAUAUAUUUAACCAUGGUUUAUAAAAUAUACAUGCUUCAUCAAUCACAUUUGGCUGUGAUGAACCAGUAUCUGUCUGGUGUGCACACUCACCCCCUCCCUCCAUUUCUCUCUCUCUGAUAUUGUAACUCUGUGGCAAACCAGUAAGAUAUUAAAUGUAGAGAGAAUGAUUUGGAAAGAAUUUAACUAAAUGUCAUGAAUCCUGUUUCUCAUGUUUAAGGUAUCCUUCACUUGUAAUAUCAAGUGCAUAGAGAUUGACCUUAGCUACAUACUGAAGAAAAUGUCACCACAAUUUUAUCACUUACCCUCACAAAUUAUAUAUAUUGUCAAACAAACUAAUAAAGUUUCUUCCUUCUUUGUUCAUAUGCACAGACUAUUUUGAGAAUGUUCAUGGCAGUAACUCUUGGUAUGAUCAUUUAAUUCAUUAAUAUCCACUUUAUGCGUAGUUAUAUACAUAGUCAUUGCUAUGCCUUUGAACAACUUCUUUGGCUCAGUCAGGCUGAUAAAUAGCUGCACAACCUUGUGUUAUUCUAGAACUGGCUAAGCCUCACCUAAACCUAAUGUAAACCUGAUAUAUCUCGAAAUCAUAUGCAGCAUUUCCUAAUCCAGCACAUAACUUUUUGCAGAGGCCAAAUCUGUUCUUUACCAAACAAAUCAAAGUUGUCCUGAUGUCUAGUGUGUCCUAUACUGCUAAAGGCAAAACAUAUUUGCUGUAUGUGCAGCCUAGGAUUAACCAAAACCAACCUUAUCUGAAGAGUUCCUAAGUAAUCUAAACCCUAAUCUAUGUGUCUGCUAGUGCAGAUGACUAUGUAAUUACAAAUCAUUGGUGGAAUGCUGGCCUGAUAUAUUUAGCUUAUAACAAUACCUUGUUAAGAGCAAUUUGAUAAUUUCUGUGAAGAUAGGGUAAUGAUUUACAUGUAUAUAAAAAUGCUGGGAAUGUUGGAAAUUGAGUCUUUUGGUUGCAUAACAACCUACAUUUAUUUUAAAUUUAAAUAAUGGCUCUUUACAUGUAAGAUAUCAAAUUGAAGAAAAGUGAGCUGCAAAAUUAUCCCAGCAGAUCAAAGUAUUUGACGUGUUUACAAUGCUUUACUAGAUAAGGAUAUGUAAGGUGACUUUGUUACAAACUACAAUGCUUUUUUUUGCAUAUACUUCGUAUUUGUUGAAAGUCUAAUAAGUACUUGUAAAUAAUAUCUUGUAAAAUAUAUUCUGUAAAAAUGGUAAAUAAUUUUGAGCUGAAUUAAUGUCACUUGUCUGCAAUAAUGAAUAUUAAUGUAAAUUCCACAAACCUGCCGGUAAGUUCAUAGUCAUGUAAAUUCUGCUUUUGUGCCACAUUACUGCUGAAUAUUUUUUUCUGGUCAUGAUGCAGUUUUAAUGAUUAAAUCCUAUCAGAAGAUUUGAUUUUAAAAAUUAUAAUUUAAAAUUUUUUUCUGACAAAAAUUACAUAAACUUGGAAUCUGGAUGCUUAUAUAUUGUGUAUAUAUUGGUUUAGAUUACAGGUCAUAUUAGCUUAUGAUACACAGGUAAUACAUUUCAAAAGUGAUAGGAAUGAUAGUAAUAUUUUAGGUAGGAAAUGCUUAAUGUUUACAAAAAUCAGGAUUAACAUAGACAGUUGCAAUAUUUCUUUAGCUUUUAGAAGAUGGUGCAAAGUACUUAUUAUGAAAUAGUGUUAUAGUAUCGAAGUACUUAUCCCCCUUUAGUUUACUCAUGCAGUAGUGUAUUUAUUAUUGUUUGAAUAUUGAUUACAGUCAUUGGCUAUGUGAUAUGUUUUUCAUUGAAUAGUUGAUGAACUGUUAAUUAUGCUUUUGGUAUACAGUUUUUUCAUUUUAACUUUUUUAUGAAACUGUUUUAAACCUCAUUCUUUUUUCCAAGUGCCUCAUCAAGACAUGAAAGUGUGCACAAGUAUAGGUAAAACAGGAACUUUUAUUUUAAUACAUACCAAUUUAGGUAUUAGUUUAGUACCAUUGGAAUUACCAGUUAUUAUUCUAGCAGUAUUGAAAUGCUCAAAUAAUUAAGGAAAUAAUUUAAAAGGCUAUGUCAUAAUUGUGUGAUAUAUAUAUAGAAACUGAUUCAAGUUAUUUCUUAUCAGUGGUUCUUAACCAACUUUGAAAUUAUUUAAUCCACAUUUCUCAGGCAAGAGCUAUCAUUUUUUUUUCGUGCUUUGCAAUUUCCUUAGCCACGUCUAUACUUAUUGAAUAUUGCAGUUCAUUAGAUCAUGGUAAUACUGUCCAGUAUUUGUAAAAAAAGGAAGCAGUUUGUACAAUAAGACAGGAUGACUAGAUAGCUAGGUAAGUUUUUUCUGAUUUUAUUAACACAAGUUUAGGUAGCAUUAACCUACUUAAGCAUAAGCCUUUUUUUUAUAUUUUUUUUUGCAGUGUAUUGUAUACAAGUUUUUUUUUUUGCAGUGUGUAAAAUGGGAGAAUACUAUGAUAGAACAGGUAUACAAAUUACAAAUGAGCUAGUUUGAGGUUCUAAAAAGGGAGUAUUAUUAUUUUUUUUUCAUAUCUGUAUAUUUUAGUGUUUCCAUUACAUCUUAUCAUUUCACUAAUGCUGUUAAUUUAAAUACCAUUUUAAGAUUCACUCUCAUGUUGCAUUUGUUUUUAUACUGUAUCAAGCUGAAGUGAGUAUUGGUGAUAUUAAAGCUUAGAUACUUUCCAUUAUCAUGUUCAUCAUUCAUAUAUUUAAUAUACUUUUAUGUAAAAUAUCUAGAUUUAACAGAACUGUAUUGUCAUCUCCACAAACCAAUAUAAAUUUUUGGUAAAACAUCAAUGCAAAAUUAGCACAUCAUUAACUAUGUCAUCCCAUGCAUGUUUUUAUCUUUUAUACUAUAUAUUUACAAAUGAUGCUAAUAGCCUUGUAAAUCAAGAAUUCUAAUAUGAGGAAAUGAAUUCCUGACACUAUCAUCUCAAUAAUUUGAUGGCAUCAAUCAUAUGAAUAAUUAGACUCAUGUGCACACACACACACACACACACACACACACACACACACACACACACACACACACACACACACACACACACACACACACACACACACACACACACA